AUGCCCUUGGUGGAUAAGGUAGAGGAUGGAGAAGAUACUAUUAAGGUACUUUUGACCACUGAUAACCAUGUUGGCUGUUUUGAGAACGAUCCAAUACGAGGGGAUGAUGGGUGGAAGACUUUUGACGAAAUAACUCAGAUUGCCCGCGAUUUAGAUGUCGAUAUGAUGAUACAAGGGGGGGACUUGUUCCAUAUAAACAAGCCUUCCAAGAAGUCUAUUUAUCAUGUAAUGAAAUCUUUGAGGGCUAAUUGUAUGGGGGACAAACCUUGCGAAUUAGAGUUGUUGAAUGAGCCAGCAGAUUGUAUGUCAAAUGGGUUUGAUGAGGUAAACUACGAGGACCCCAAUCUUAACAUAUCGAUCCCGGUGUUUGCAAUAAGCGGUAACCACGAUGAUGCUACAGGCGAGGGCCUAUUGCUGGCACUUGACGUUUUGGCCGUUUGCGGCCUCUUGAACUACUUUGGCAAAGUCACAGAUACUGAAUCAAUCACCGUGAAGCCGAUUCUUUUACAAAAAGGUACUACAAAAUUGGCUCUAUACGGUAUGUCCAAUGUAAGAGAUGAAAGAUUACACAGGCUGUUUCGAGAUGGAGGUGUAAAAUUCGAAAGGCUGCGAACCCACACAAAUGAUUGGUUCAAUCUUUUCGUGAUUCAUCAGAACCACGCCUUGCAUACGUACAAGUCCAGCAUUCCAGAAAACUUUUUGCCUUCAUUCUUGGACUUUGUCCUUUGGGGCCAUGAACAUGAAUGUAUACCACACCCUGUCCACAAUCCAGAAACAGAAUUUGACGUCCUACAAGCUGGCUCUUCAAUAGCCACCUCUUUGUCCGAAGGAGAAGUUCCUGACAAAAAGGUUUUCAUUAUUCGCAUAAAGGGCAAAGAUUACUCUUUGGAAGCAAUUGAUUUAAAAACCGUACGCCCAUUCAUCUUGAGGGAUAUAGUAUUGCUGAAGACUGACUUGAUUCCUGGUAAGGCUUCCAAAUCCGACGUUAUUGCAUUUUUGGUACGAGAAGUGGAGUCUGUUAUUGAAAGAGCUAGUAAUAACCAUAAUCAUGUAUCCACAACAACGAGAACGAGAAAUUCAAUAAAUUCACAAAAUGGUCAGCCUCCAAUGUUGCCAUUAGUAAGACUACGGGUGGAAUAUAGUGGAGGCUACGAGAUUGAAAAUGUGCGGCGAUUUUCUAAUCAGUUUGUUGGAAGAAUUGCAAAUGUGAAUGACGUUGUUCAGUUUUACAAAAAGAAAACACCUCAGCAGACGGAUGUAUUGAUGAAAAGGACUAAAUUUGAUGCUGAUUUGGUUGAGGAAAACUUGAAUGCAAAAAAGACCACUGAGCUAGCACUACAGGAUAUUGUGAGCAACUUUUUGAAACAAACCCAGUUAGCUUUGAUUCCAGAGGCAGGCUUGAACGAAGCUGUAAAGAAGUUUGUGGAAAAUGAUGAUAAGAGCAGCUUGAGUCAUUAUAUAAAUAACGAAAUUAAAAAAGAAACAAAGAUUCUUUUGAACGUGGAUAUUGACGAUACCGAAUUCCACGGUGACGAAAAACAAUCAAAAAAUAUGUUGAAACAAAUUUUGAUGCAGAUUAAAAGCGGUGAUAGUGGUGAUAGUGGUGGUGGUGGUGGUGGUGAUGGUGGUGGUGAUGGUGAUGGUGAUUAUGAUUCGGAUCUGGUGUCGCUAAGCAAGACAAGGAGCAACAAUAAAAAGAAAAGAAACAACAAUAAUAGACUGAAAGCUGGGAAAAGUAAAGAAAUUAUUAGCUCUGAGGAUUCUGAAGUGGAAGUAUUGGAGGUUGCCAAACCAUCGUCGCGGAAUGUAUCUCGAAAUAAAGCCACUCAACUUGACACUUAUCCCGACGACGACAUGCAAAUUCUUAGUAGUAAUGAUGAUGAUGAGUAUUAUCCACAGCCAGCACCAAGAAAGAGGACUACAGCAGGAACCCGCAGGCGAGGCAGAUAA